AUGGAGAAGUGUGUAUUUGAGGUAACCACCAUUCCAUUCCUUGGUCAUAUAAUCUCCGCCUCCGGUCUCGUAAUGGAUCCAGAGAAAGUUCUUGCUAUCCUUAACUGGACCCAACCUACCACAUUACAAGCCGUGCAACGGUUUCCUGGAUUCGCUAACUACUACCAUAAAUUCAUCAAUGGUUUCUCAACUAUAGUAGAUCCCAUAGUUGCUCUCACCCGAAAAGGAGCCAAUCCGUCACGAUGGUCACCUGAAGCGGUAUCCACGUUUCAACUUCUCAAAGAGGCCUUCACUUCAGCCCCAGUGCUCCAGCACCCGGAUACCAGCAAACCAUUUCUGCUGGAAGUGGAUGCUUCUUCAGAGGCUGUAGGGGUGGUCCUCUCACAGAGGGCUGCAGAUAAUUCAUUAGAUCCCUGUGGGUUUUUCUCAAGGAAAUUUUUGCCAGCUGAAAAAAAAAACUAUGCAAUUGGCAAACAAGAACUCUUGGCCGUGAAACUUGCUUUAGAGGAAUGGCACAAUCUUCUGGAAGGAUCUCAACACCCUGUGACAAUUUAUACUGACCACAAAAUUUCUCUUCUGAAGCCUUUAAUUCAGAAUCUAUUUCAAAAGAAGCUUCCUCGAUCUAGAGUCCUUACUGAUAGAGGAAUAGAGUUCGAGCUUAAGGAAAUAGUGGAUUCCCGAGGCGUUAUGGUCAUCUGCAAUACCUCUUGGAUUAGUGAACAACACAAGCUCUCCCACCUUGAGGAAGAUAACCUUUGUUAUCGAAACGCGUCGGUGAAGGUAGCAGGACACCACUCAGUCUGUUCCAUUACAGGCAUCCUGUGUCUCCACACCUCCAGUUUGGAAGCUGAAGCUCCUCGUGUUCAGCAGAUGUUUAGAGCUUCUUCAGUCUUGAUUAUUGCUUCACUACAUGCGAAGGAACUUCAUCCAGCUAGUCCACCUCCAUCCAGGAGAGCCCGUUUGUCAAACCGAAUCCAGUCCGGAAAUAUCAGUUCCAGCUACUACUUCCGUGACAACAGGGACAUGACUGGUGAGGAAUACACAUUAGUGAGGAAGACAUCUGGCGAGUAUGAGACAACCAGCAGUCGCCCCCUUGUGUCAGGAGGACUAAGCAGGACCCAGAGCCCCAUCCCGGUGCCUCCAUUUUACUCACUGAUACAUGAGAGAGACAAUGACCAGGAGAUCCUGGAACUCACCAACAAGAUCAUUCAGCUGCUGACUGGAGAGGAGGGGGAGCAUAUAGAGGAACACAGGGAUUUGUACAAGGACGUGAUGAUGGAGAAUCACCGGCCCCUCACAUCACUGGAUGGGCCCAGUAACAGAGAUACCCCAGAGAGAUGUCCCCGUCCUCUGUAUUCCCAGGAUUGUACAGAGGAGAAUCACAGGAUCCCACAGGAGGUUGAGAGCGAAGAUCUGAUGGAUAUUAAGGUAGAAGAUACAGAGGGAGAAGAAGAGACGUAUGUGACUGAUAUGAAGGCAGAAUAUAUAGAGGGAGAAGAAGAAACGAAUGUGACUGAUAUGAAGGCAGAAGAUAUAGAGGGAGAAGAAGAGACAUAUGUGACUGAUAUAAAGGCAGAAGAUAUAGAGGGAGAAGAAGAGACUAAUGUGACUGAUAUAAAGGCAGAAGAUAUAGAGGGAGAAGAAGAGACGAAUGUGACUGAUAUGAAGGCAGAAGAUAUAGAGGGAGAAGAAGAGACGUAUGUGACUGAUAUAAAGGCAGAAGAUAUAGAGGGAGAAGAAGAGACGUAUGUGACUGAUAUAAAGGCAGAAGAUUUAGAGGGAGAAGAAGAGACGUAUGUGACUGAUAUAAAGGCAGAAGAUACAGAGGGAGAAGAAGAGACGUAUGUGACUGAUAUAAAGAAAGAAGAUAUAGAGGGAGAAGAAGAGACGUAUGUGAGGGGUGAUCAGCAGUGUAAGGAGGAGACAACCCCUACAGAUACCAGCACACCAGAUGGAUGUAGCAGCCGGAAUGUCUCAGAGGAUCCUCUGACUAUAUUUCCAGAUGGUGAAAUAGAAGAAGAGAAUGACACCCAAGAUUCUACGGAAGAAAUCCCUCUUACCCCAGUUAUACAUCCGGAACAUCACCGUGCAGAUAUAUCAUCUGGUUCCUCUGAUCCUGGGGAAUGUUCUCCUGAUAUCUCUGAUGCAUCUGUUACAGCUCUGACAGUAGAUACAGUGUGUCCCUCUAAUAUAGAUGCUGAAUGUUCAACACAGAGCACAGAGCCUGUUACCCAUCAGCCAGGGAAUAGGCCACUUCAAUGUUCUCAGUUUGGGGAAUGCUUUAGAUAUGAAUCAUUUUUAUGUAUACAUCAGAGAUAUCACAAAGUUGAGAGGCUGUUUCCAUGUUCUGAGUGUGGAAAAAGUUAUACAGAGAAAUCAAAUCUUGUUAGACACCAGAGAAGUCGCACAGAGAGACCAUUUCCAUGUUCUAAGUGUGGGAAAUGUUUUAGAGAUAAAUCAGUUCUUGUUAAACACCAGAGAUGUCACAGAGAGAGACAAUUUCCAUGUUCUGAGUGUGGGAAAUGUUUUAGAGAUAAAUCAGUUCUUGCUAGACAUCAGAGAAGUCACACAGGUGAGAGACCAUUUCCAUGUUCUGAGUGUGGGAAAUGUUUUACAAGGCCAUCAAGUCUUUUUACACAUCAGAGAAGUCACACAGGUGAGAACCCAUUUCCAUGCUCUGAGUGUGGGAAAGGUUUUGGACAGAAAUCACAUCUUGUUAGACAUCAGAGAAGUCACACAGGUGAGAGGCCAUUUCCAUGUUCUGAGUGUGGGAAAUGUUUUGGACAGAAAUCACUUCUUGUUACACAUCAGAGAAGUCACACAGGUGAGAACCCAUUUCCAUGCUCUGAGUGUGGGAAAGGUUUUGGACAGAAAUCACAUCUUGUUAGACAUCAGAGAAGUCACACAGGUGAGAGGCCAUUUCCAUGUUCUGAGUGUGGGAAAUGUUUUGGACAGAAAUCACUUCUUGUUACACAUCAGAGAAGUCACACAGGUGAGAGGCCAUUUCCAUGUCCUGAGUGUGGGAAAUGUUUUGCACUUAAAUCAUAUCUUGUUAGACAUCAGAUAAGUCACACAGGUGAGAAGCCAUUUCCAUGUUCUGAGUGUGGGAAAUGUUUUGGACAGAAAUCACUUCUUGUUACACAUCAGAGAAGUCACACAGGUGAGAGGCCAUUUCCAUGUCCUGAGUGUGGGAAAUGUUUUUCACUUAAAUCAUAUCUUGUUAGACAUCAGAUAAGUCACACAGGUGAGAAGCCAUUUUCAUGUUCUGAGUGUGGGAAAUGUUUUGGACAGAAAUCAUAUCUUGUUAUACAUCAGAGAAGUCACACAGGUGAGAAGCCAUUUCCAUGUCCUGAGUGUGGGAAAUGUUUUACACAGAAAUCAUCUCUUGUUACACAUCAGAGAAGUCACACAGAUGAGAAGCCAUUUCCAUGUCCUGAAUCACUGAAAAUGGACACGGACAAGAUUCAGAAGAUGGAGAGGAUAAUAAAUCUCUCCCUGGAGAUCAUCUACCUGCUGACUGGGGAGGAAUACACAGUAGUAAGGAAGACAUCUGGCGAGUAUGAGACAACCAGCAGUCGCCCCCUUGUGUCAGGAGGACUAAGCAGGACCCAGAGCCCCAUCCCGGUGCCUCCAUUUUACUCACUGAUACAUGAUAGAGACCAUGACCAGGAGAUCCUGAAACUAACAAACAAGAUCAUUCAGCUGCUGACUGGAGAGGAUGGGGAGUAUGUAGAGGAACACAGGGGUCUGUACAAGGACGUGAUGAUGGAGAAUCACCGGCCCCUCACAUCACUGGCUAGGCCCAGUAACAGAGAUACCCCAGAGAGAUGUCCCCGUCCUCUGUAUUCCCAGGAUUGUACAGAGGAGAAUCACAGGAUCCCACAGGAGGUUGAGAGCGAAGAUCUGAUGGAUAUUAAGGUAGAAGAUACAGAGGGAGAAGAAGAGACGUAUGUGACUGAUAUGAAGGCAGAAGAUAUAGAGGGAGAAGAAGAGACGUAUGUGACUGAUAUAAAGGCAGAAGAUAUAGAGGGAGAAGAAGAGACGAAUGUGACUGAUAUGAAGGCAGAAGAUAUAGAGGGAGAAGAAGAGACGUAUGUGACUGAUAUAAAGAAAGAAGAUAUAGAGGGAGAAGAAGAGACGUAUGUGACUGAUAUGAAGGCAGAAGAUAUAGAGGGAGAAGAAGAGACGUAUGUGACUGAUAUAAAGAAAGAAGAUAUAGAGGGAGAAGAAGAGACGUAUGUGACUGAUAUAAAGGCAGAAGAUACAGAGGGAGAAGAAGAGACGUAUGUGACUGAUAUAAAGAAAGAAGAUAUAGAGGGAGAAGAAGAGACGUAUGUGAGGGGUGAUCAGCAGUGUAAGGAGGAGACAACCCCUACAGAUACCAGCACACCAGAUGGAUGUAGCAGCCGGAAUGUCUCAGAGGAUCAUCUCACUAUAUUUCCAGAUGGUGAAAUAGAAGAAGAAAAUGUCACCCAAGAUUCUACGGAAGAAAUCGCUCUUACCCCAGUUAUACAUCCGGAACAUCACCGUGCAGAUAUAUCAUCUGGUUCCUCUAAACCUGGGGAAUGUGCUCCUGAUAUCUCUGAUGCAUCUGUUACAGCUCUGACAGUAGAUACAGUGUGUCCCUCUACUGAAUGUUCAACACAGAGCACAGAGCCUGUUCCCCAUCAGCCAGGGAAUAGGCCACUUCAAUGUUCUCAGUUUGGGAAAUGCUUUAGAUAUGAAUCAUUUUUAUGUAUACAUCAGAUAUAUCACAAAGUUGAGAGGCUGUUUCCAUGUUCUGAGUGUGGAAAAAGUUAUACAGAGAAAUCAAAUCUUGUUAGACACCAGAGAAGUCACACAGAGAGACCAUUUCCAUGUUCUGAGUGUGGGAAAUGUUUUAGAGAUAAAUCAGUUCUUGUUAGACAUCAGAGAAGUCACACAGGUGAGAGGCCAUUUCCAUGUUCUGAGUGUGGGAAAUGUUUUACAAGGCCAUCAAGUCUUUUUACACAUCAGAGAAGUCACACAGGUGAGAGGCCAUUUCCAUGCUCUGAGUGUGGGAAAGGUUUUGGACAGAAAUCAUCUCUUGUUACACAUCAGAGAAGUCACACAGGUGAGAACCCAUUUCCAUGCUCUGAGUGUGGGAAAGGUUUUGGACAGAAAUCACAUCUUGUUAGACAUCAGAGAACUCACACAGGUGAGAACCCAUUUCCAUGCUCUGAGUGUGGGCAAGGUUUUGGACAGAAAUCACAUCUUGUUAGACAUCAGAGAAGUCACACAGGUGAGAGGCCAUUUCCAUGUUGUGAGUGUGGGAAAUGUUUUGGACAGAAAUCAUGUCUUGUUAGACAUCAGAGAAGUCACACAGGUGAGAGGCCAUUUCCAUGUCCUGAGUGUGGGAAAUGUUUUACACAGAAAUCAUCUCUUGUUACACAUCAGAGAAGUCACACAGGUGAGAGUCUAUUUCCAUGUCCUGAGUAAGUGGAGUUACUCAGGAGGUACUUUGUGUGUUUGCAAGUGAGAAUAUUUUAUUAAAAAAUUAAACGGCAUUGUGUGGCUCAUUCAGAUGCAGUUCUUGCUGUUGCUAUCUUGCCGUAUGCAAUUGCAAGUAUAAGCUAAUAUGGGCAGAUGCUAACUAAGCAUAGGGGCGCCCAGUGCUGUUGCAUUAUUUCCGUCCAGCAGCGUAUAAUUGCUGAUACAUCGGUACCAUCAUUGCAAAUUAGGCCAUGUUGGAGAGUCUUGAGUGCCUCUGAAGAUGCACAGGCUGAGCUGCUCUCCCAGGAUGCUGAGGGCUCUCCAGUAGAAAAUCAAAACAGGUUACCGUCCGUAGAAGAGGUUAGGAAGUUUGGGGGCACACUUUGUAUAAUAUGUAUAGAAAAUGUUAAACUAUAACUUAUUCAGACCUGGGUAAAAUAUAUAAAAAACUUUACUCACAAUGCAACAA